AUGUUUGUUCAUUAUCUUACAGGGCUGACAGCCUUUGAUUUUAUUUCUGAUUUUGAGGAGUGGAUUGAAUGCGGUUACUUUAAUGAAGAGAUCAAAGCCCGAUUGAAAGGUAAACCGUCGAUACACGAACGCUUGAGUUUGGAAAAACCGGUCACAAAACUUUCUCUGCACUUGUGUCUUACUUUUUUAUUAUUUCAAUGGGUCAUUAUCGAGUUGUUUACGUGGGAACAGCAAACGGAAAAAGACAAGGAAGAGUUCGGAGAAUCUCCGUUUCUUUUUAGGGGCGGAAUGCUUUCUUUCUUGUGCCCAGCAUCCAUGCAAAUUUAUUGGAACUAACGAAAGAGUUUUCAUAAGAAAAGAGUUAAAUUCCCACGAGACUGGCUUGGAACGCCAACAUGGCCUCCGUGUCGUUGGUUUAAAACAGUCAUAUGGCCGCCCAUGAAGUCAUGUGAAAACGCUCUACACCGAGAAGUAAUGAACUAACUGGGUUUUGGCAAGAUUUUUAACUUUCUUGGUCGAAAUCAAUAUAUAGCUCUCUCAAUGUCUAUACUAAAACAAGAAAACAUUUUUUUUUUUCUUAUAGCCUAUAGCCUCAAACACGCUAGAGACCUGGUACGAGCCAUAACCAAGAAAGUCAAGAACCAGCUCCCAGCUUCUACGUCACACCCCAAAUCCCAGCCUGCUUUGCCGGGAAUCGGUACUGGUCACGUGCCCCUCAUGUUGCCACCAAUAAAAAAGGAUCGAUGAGUGAAACAAGUUCAACUCGUUCGCUCCAGGGCUGGAGGGCCAAGCUUCCUGAACAGGCUUGCAGAGCUGGAAAGGGUUUUGGCAAAGUCGAUCGUUAUGACUGGAGAAAGCAAACAAUUCGUCAGUGAAUUAUGAAGUUAUUCUUCUCGCCUCCUGUCUAAUAUGUUUUUAACUGGCUGUAGAUGAAAAAUCCUGGAUCUUAAGAAACCGUGGUCCUGCAAAUAUGGCAAAAAAAAAACGAAAAAAAUUGUUACAUAUGACUUUCCUGUACUCCAAACUUUUCUUUCCUUGUUCGACAGUGCAAAUGGCCUUUCUGUCAAGAAAGAUUGUUGAGUUCCAGAAAUUUUGCUACCAUGGUAACGUGACGUCGCAUUUUGCCUUUCCAUUGUUAUCUGUCAUUCCUUUUGUUUUAUUUUGCCUUUCUCUGUUUUUUCGCAUGUGUUUUAAAACUUCCGAUUGACAUCCAAAUUUCAUUGAAUUAUAUAAAACGGCGCCAUCUUAAGAAAGAAACAACUCACAACUACACACAGUCAGGCCCAUAAAGUAAAGGCAAAAAGAUCGAGAAUUUUAUUUUUUAUGUUCUUGCCAAAUUAGAUGUAAAGAUCUCCAGUAUCAAUAACACAGACCAGAGCUGCUUGUUAUUUUUUUACAUUUUAAAAACCGAUUAUUAAAAAGAGAAAAAUCCAGUUAGGCUCAAUUUAGUCCAGAAGCGAAAUAUUUUGCAUUCAGGGACUGAAGCAUGCAGAUCUUCUCCUCCAAAUCUGUAUUUUGCUUUCCAGAGUUGAUCGUCUUUCCCUCAUUCCCGAGAGAGAGGAUCACGGACAUUUUAUACAGCGAGUCCAUAACCUAGAUGCCAGACUGCCAGAGGUCCAAGCCCUCACUAUUUUAAUAUUCUAUUAAAUUUUACUCUCCUUCUACUUUAAUAUACUAUUUGUAACACAAAAAGUAAUCUUUCGCACCCAUUAAAAAUUUUACCCAUUUCACAUAAGUUCUUACGACUACUACAUUUCUAAAUCUUUGGAACCACUAAAAGGAUAUUGCGAGAGAGCUAUCUUGCACCUCCAAAUCCAAUGGUGAGUUAAGUAAUGUACCGAAAAUAUAAAGAGGUACAAACGUCAAAGAGUCGCCGGUCAAAUCUCUCUCCUUACGGUAUCGGACAUCUCCGUAAAACUUACAUCUCGCUAAAACGCCACAGUUAGUCCCUGUCAUUCGUUCCUCUUUUUAAGUAGCGUCAUUACAAGACGGACGUUUCUCUAAGAUGCACAAAGAGUGCACGUACCAAGGGUGUGCGGCUUUAAGACAGCUUUUUACUGGGGAAAGCGCUCCCUUUCGGCGGCCUAAAUGGGAAUGUGCCCCUGAACUGGGUAUAUAUGGUUUUCAGGGUUUUGAGUCUUUACCAGGGUAUUCUAUUUCAGAAUUUAGCGUCAUGAAAAGGUUAUCUGUUUCGAGCAGAAGACUUUAAAACAUGAGUGUGAGGGAUGGCGAUAAGAGGUCUGCAUUUGUGCUGCCAGCAAUUUAGUUUGAAAAUCAUACUUAACCCUUGGACGAGGAGGGAUGGAUGCUACUCCCCGGCCCCCUGGGGGUUUUCUGAGUUUUUCCGUCCUGAACGAUUAAACAUCAGCUCCUGGCGUUUUCUUCAGCAGCUGUUUGUAUAAUUCUCGUACGCAUAUUGAGACAAGCUUUGCGACGAUCAGUUACUUGCUUACGAGAUAUGACGUCGUAAGUGGUAGGUGUUCAAGCCAUUUUUUAAAUGCAUGUUUUUCUACGUGUUUCAAGGUAAAAAGAUAAAGCUUGUGGAUAAAAUGAAGCAAAGUACUUAUUUAUAAGUUAGUCUACAUUUCAAGCACAAAAAAAGUUCCAAUUCUCUCCAUUUUGUAACCUGAUGCUUGUUCUGGGUAACAUCCAGGAUGCCAGCAGGGCCAACACCCAUAAAGUAUUAUAUACCUCCAUCUUGUCUAGAAGAUCAAAGGCUUUCCACUGAAGGUAUAAAAUCUUUUUGAAACACUGCAACGUAUCAAAAACUCGAAGGGGGCUCCAUCACCGCCCCUCCUCCCCCCCCCCCUCCUCACUUCGGUGGGGGUAUGACUGCGUGUACGUCCGAGGUUUAAACGAAUCAGAGUAUUUUGACUCCACUACACAACAUUAACAGACAAAACGUAAUGGCAAAUAAGUUUAUUUUGGGACGGCUUGGCGAGAACCAACCCUACAAAGUACUUAUGUAAAUACAAUAAUAGGUUAUUACAGGUGAAUACCUAAUGUACAACACUCGUAAACUAGCUUUCACAAAAAGAAAAAACUCGUGCUACAAAUGGUCGCUCUUGACCUGAAUCACCCAGUUAAGCACGCAGGCUUAGUGCCAGUUAGGCUGCCAGUUAUUCUGGGGAAACUAAUUAAUAAAACUCUGACAACAUAUAGCUGGCACAGGGAACACGGUAGGAGCACAGAGGCUAAGCAAAAAGAAAAACUGCUAUAACUGGUCGAUCUCGACCUAAAUCCCCCAAAUAAGCACGCAGGCUUAGUGCCAGUUAGGCUGGGGAAACUAAUUAAUAAAACUCUGACAACGCAUAACUGGCACAGGGAACACGGCAGGAGCACAGAGGCUAAGCAAAAGAGAGAUCUGCUACAACUGGUCGAUCUCGACCUGAGUCCCCCAAAGAAGCACGCAGGCUUAGUGCCAGUUAGGCUGCCAGUUAGGCUGGGGAAAUUUAAUAAAACUCUGAUCAACGGAUAACUGGGACCGGGAACACUUCAGGAGCACAGAGGCUGAGUGCCAGGAAAACUGGGAAUUAUCUCCACUAAUGUACCCAACAAGGCACGUAGCCCAAUAACCAGUAAGGCUGCCAUAAAAGGCUAGGGCAGGACAUUGAAAGUAAACAAAUGGAUAACGACCCUGGCUAGAAGUCUGUAACAUUGCCUGCAACCUAACUGCAUCAAACGAGACUUAUGUCGCCUCCUAAAGAGCGGUUCCGGGACAGCUGACCUAGACAUACAUAGAAACUAAAUAUAUCAAGUAAAGGAGCAGGUGCAAAACUGAGAUAACUGUACAAGUACAUAAAAUAAGAAACGGGAAAAAACUGAAAACUAGCAGAGCUGAGCUACCGCUUACAAACUGAAGUAAAUGCGGUCAGACGGAGGCCAGAAAAAACCUGCCCAAAAAAACCCCGAAGGGAAAAAAUGCGGGCAGGAAAUCUGGGUAGGAACCAAGGCUCAAGCUCAAAGCCCUUCCUACGGGACUUUACAAUGUCAUCGAGAAUAUGUUGCUCCUAAAAAUAAAUAAAACAAAAAUAAAGAAAAACCAAAGAGAGGGUGGUUCGUAAGCCAAGAUGACGUACACGUGAUAUACGCAGCCUUAUAUACCUCCGAUAUGGCUACCCAUGGUGCACCCGGCCUAGUACCCAGGCCCUGUUGUAUCUCGUGCCGUCAAAAUAUUUAUUUCUGUCUUCUUCGCGGGCUCAUUCGUCAGAAAUAACAUAAUAAAUCAGGUCUCUUCUUAAACAGGUUAGGGAAAUGAAAUAUGUUUUGUCUUAAACAACUUUAAACAGGGUUAGGGUUUGAAGGUCUCGUUUUAACCCACGGUAAAUUUUGGACCUCUGGGACUCAAACGAAACGCUCUGCUGGUGAUGUCAAUCAUUGGUCGUCAUGUGAUCACCGAUUCAGACUCAACAUACCGUGCAUGAUCGGUCAUGCAUCAAUGUUACUUUCACUAUUCUGAUGUUAUUUCGCUUCUUUGAAGCUUACAGUUAAGAUCCUAUGGAUGGUAUGGAGGCAAAAAGAUACGAAAUACUCAAAAUGUGGGUGCCAACCCAUGGAGUUGUCAAUGUUUACCGAAAGCCUGGGCGACCUGGAGGUACGGGCGCAUUAGAAGGAUUAAUUAUGCAAUGCGCAUGGAGACCAGUACUAAUUGAAAAGUUUUCUCUUUACAGAAUAUCAUGUUGAUAACGGUUUUCUGAUUGAGAAGCCCGACCAUCGACAUCACUUAGAGAAGAUACGAGUGCUGGCUUCCCAUGGAAGUGUUAUCACCAUAAAGAGAAAUGCUACUGUGCACGGACAGAACAAGUACACCGUCGAACCGGCGACUUUAGCGGUGGAUCAGUCUGAAGUAUGGGUGGAUGCAUGACUUAUGAACACGUCAGCGCGUUAGCAAACAGGAGGCUUAAUAUUUACUCAAAAACUUGAAAAAUAAUUUACAGCUGAAUCUACAUGACUUGAGUUUUAUAGGAGUACCCCGUGCAAUUCUCUCGGGCUCGUAUGAUGUUAGUCCAAUCUAGCAGAGCCCGUAGUGGAUAGAUUUACAGCGAUACACAAUGUAACGUGGGCUUGCCAGUAUCAGGACAUAUCGUGUGAGAUAAAUGUGUAGCGUUUGAAUAGACCUUGUUUACGAUACCCGACAUCUUCGUGCGCGCCUUAGGUGUUGGGAUGCUUUUGCCUACUCGUCAAGAUGGCGUCGAAAACCGUGACAAGGUCUAUUAUCUUUGGAGAAACGGACUAUUCUCCAACUGCGAUUUGUAUGUGUCGUAUAUACCUCCUUCUGGGUAUUCAGAAAUAACGUUUCAAAACCAAGGCAGACAGUGGCUUCUAACUUUUUGUGUUCUUCUUAAAGUUAUAUUUGCUAAGAAAUUUUAUGCUUUUGUUAUAACAGGGGAAUUUUUCGAUGAUUUCGCCGAUCAGAAAGGUAAAGCUAGAUUUACUUUGCGUUGGAUAUAAGAGUUUUUUUUCUUUUUUAUCACGGUGAUUUUUCGCCCACUUUAGAAAUUGUCCAACAAAUGCUGGGCUUGGAAGGUAAACAAGUUGUUGAGAUAAGCGGUGACCAUUCCAAAUAUGAGGUACCUGAUUUUCUAAAAUAACUUGUCACAUCCACCUCAUAUUCGAUUAUUGACGCUAUACAGGGCCGUUCUCGCGUCAUAAUAGAUACUUGUCAGUUAUCGAGUACCUUUGCAGGCUCUUUCUUUCUCUAAGACGCACAUCUUUGGCACGAUCUUUGGAGAUAUGUCCGUCUUAUAGAGAGUUAAAUAAAAAGAGCAAAGAAGCAAGGGCAGGGACCAACUCUAGGUAUCCAUUUUAGCGAGGUGUCUGUAUAUUAAGAGUUCACUGUACCUCCUAAGUAGAGAGGUUUGCCGAGUGGUUGCAUUGCUUGAAGUUUGGUAUGGUUAACGAAACAUUACGCGCCACAUUACACGAUACUUUGCAAACCGCGCGACAAGUACAACCUUAAAUGAAGGAUUCGCUUCAUCUUGCUCGCGCGCGGAUUUAGCCAUAUAAGAAGAGUUCUUAUUGAACUUGUCACCUGUUUGCUUAUGUUUGUUCAUUAUCUUACAGGGCUGACAGCCUUUGAUUUUAUUUCUCAUUUUGAGGAGUGGAUUGAAUGCGGUUACUUUAAUGAAGAGAUAAAAGCCCGAUUGAAAGGUAAACCGUCGAUACACGAACGCUUGAGUUUGGAAAAACCAGUCAUCAAACUUUCUCUGCACUUGUGUCUUGCUUUUUUAUUAUUUCAAUGGGUCAUUAUCGAGUUGUUUACGUGGGAACAGCAAACGGAAAAAGACAAGGAAGAGUUUGGAGAAUCUCCGUUUCUUUUUUAGGGGCGGAAUGCUUUCUUUCUUGUGCCCAGCUUCCUUCCAAUUUUAUUGGAACUAAAGAAAGAGUUUUCAUAGAAAAAGAAUUUAAUUCCCACGAGACUGGCUUGGAACGCCAACAUGGCCUCCGUUUCGCUGGUUUGAAACGCUCAUAUGGCCGCCCAUGACGUCAUGUGAAAACGCUCUAUACAGAGAAGUAAUGAACUAACUGGGUAUUUGGCAAGAUUUUUAACUUUCAUGGUCGAAAUCUAUACUCUAUAUAUCAAUAUAUAUCUCUCUCAAUGUCUAUACUAAAACAAGAAAACCUUUUUUUUCCUUUAGCCUAUAGCCUCAAACACGCUAGAGACCUGGUACGAGCCAUAACCAAGAAAGUAAAGAACCAGCUCCCAGCUUCUACGUCACAGAGAUCCCAGCCUGCUUUGCCGGGAAUCGGUACUGGUCACGUGCCCCUAAUGUUGCCACCAAUAAAAAAGGACCGAUGAGUGAAACAAGUUCAACUCGUUCGCUGAAGGGCUGGAAGGCCAAGCUUC